GGACGGUGGCAGUGGCGGCGGCGGCGGCCAGUGCUGGAACAUGGCGGCAUCGGCGGCGGCGGCGGCGGCGGCGGCCGCUGCUUCGGCGGUGGCGGCAGCCGAGCAGCCAAGUUCCAAUGGUCCUGUAAAGAAGUCCAUGCGUGAGAAGGCCGUUGAAAGAAGGAACAUCAAUAAAGAGCACAACAGUAACUUUAAAGCCGGGUAUAUUCCAAUUGAUGAAGAUCGCCUGCAUAAAACGGGGCUGAGAGGGAGAAAGGGCAGCUUAGCCAUCUGUGUGAUUAUCCUCCUGUUUAUUCUGGCUGUCAUCAAUUUAAUUGUAACGCUUGUUAUCUGGGCUGUGAUUCGCAUUGGACCAAAUGGCUGUGACAGCAUGGAGUUUCAUGAAAGUGGUCUGCUUCGAUUUAAGCAAGUAUCUGACAUGGGAGUUAUACAUCCUCUUUAUAAGAGCACAGUAGGAGGAAGGCGAAAUGAAAAUUUAGUCAUCACUGGCAACAACCAGCCUAUUGUUUUUCAGCAAGGGACAACAAAGCUCAGUGUAGAAAAGAACAAAACUUCUAUUAUAAGUGACAUUGGUGUGCAGUUUUUCGACCCAAGGACUCAAAAUAUCUUAUUCAGCACAGACUAUGAAACUCAUGAGUUUCGUUUGCCAAGUGGAGUGAAGAGUUUGAAUGUUCAAAAAGCAUCUACUGAAAGGAUUACCAGCAAUGCUACUAGUGAUUUAAAUAUAAAAGUUGAUGGGCGUGCUAUUGUGCGUGGAAAUGAAGGAGUAUUCAUUAUGGGCAAAACCAUUGAAUUUCACAUGGGUGGUAAUAUGGAGUUAAAGGCUGAAAACAGCAUCAUCCUGAAUGGAACUGUGGUGGUCAGCACAACUCGCCUCCCUAGUUCCUCCAGCGGAGACCAGUUUGGGGGCGGUGACUGGGUACGCUACAAGCUCUGUAUGUGCGCUGACGGAACCCUCUUCAAAGUACAGGUGACGGGCCAGAACAUGGGCUGCCAGACCUCAGACAACCCCUGUGGAGACACUCAUUAGAAGAACCCGAGAGGGCGUCAGUAGGUUCAUAUCGUGACUUGACUUUUUUUCUUUUUUCAGAGUAGGCAUGCAAAUCAUGUUUUUACAGAGUUUGUGAUAACUCGUAAUUAUUUUAUCUGCAGAGCACUACUGUAUCUAUUAUAUAGUCUCCAUGUUUAAAAUAGUCUCAGAGACCCUAAAUUCUAAUACAUUUCAUUAAGUUGCACUGAUCUGCAAUUUACAGUUCUCUAAAACAAUUAAGAGAAGUGAUUACAAUCAAUAUUAAUCUUUAAAGAAGUGUUUUUAAAAUGCCACUGUUCCUUGUCUAAAGGCUAAAGGGCUGAAGCAACUGUUCAGACUCACUAUAAGCUUUUGGUAACUAAUGGGGAUAGACCCACUUAAGAUGUUUAAAGGUGCACCAUCAGUAAAUGUUACAUGCUCUGUCUUUUGGCUUCUAAGAGGAAAGACAGAUUUUUAGUGCAUUGACUUUCAGCCAUAUUCUCACAUGCAAGUGAGGUCAUUAAAGAACUUCACAUAUGGGAGUUAGUAAGAAACUAUGGUUCCUUAGUUUUGCACUAGGAAGAAAAUACUCUAAUAGAAUGUAUACUCAUUAAAUAUUGGUAAGUAUUGUGCUCGCAAUGUGGUAGAAGUUAAAGCACCAUCUCAGCUUUAACUGUUAAAUGAUGAUAGCUGUCAUGUAUUGAGCACCUUACAGUGCUAGGCAUUGUCCUAGGCAUUGCACAUGGAAUGUCUCUGAUUCUCACCACAACUCUAUAAGCAGGUGUUGUUAUCCCAGUUUACCCAUUAGGAAACUGAGGUUCAGAGAAGUUAAGAGACUUGCCUAAUGUUACAGAGGAAAUAGCAGAGUUGGGAUUGGAAUUCGGGUGUGAUUCAAACCUAGAUGGACCUGUUUCUAAAUACCGCAUUCUUUUCACUAUCUGCGCUGGAGUUUUAAUUAUUUAAAACUCUGCAAAGAUGAACAAGGACUAAUUCAGACUUACCUAGGCAGAUAAGAAUCAAACAAAACAGGUAUGCUUACUCUAAUUAAAAGAAAAUAAAUCAACCUCAGUCAAAAAACUGACCAAUCACUGUCAGAUUUUAAAUUUUCUCCAGCCAAUUCCAAAAUAUACUAUAGAGAGAUCAAAUGGGCCUAGUUGUGGGUUAACCCCGUUUCCCAACUGGGGUACCUGAAUGGGUAAAAGGGUUGCCAAGAUAUGUAUACCCUCAGCCCUCGGGGCAGCACAGUGGGAAAUGGGGAGGCCAUGCCCCAGACGAGUCCUGCUGGCCCAGAAUGGCUGGUGGAUUUACCCCAGCAAGCCAGACAAAUAUUACUCUUUUUAAUAUGUACCAUACCUUGUAAAAAGUCAGGAAGCACUGGACUAAAGGGUACUAAUGCAGGAAAUAAUAUAAGUAAUUUUUACGUAAGUAUGAGAUUGAUCUCUGCUCCUAACAUCACCACCCGUUAUAAUGUAUUACAACCCUCAAGCCAGUUGAUUUUUAAGGUGUUUUAUAUUUGACUUGAAAGGAACUCUCUGGUAUUAUUAAGAUACACAUAACAUCAGGAAGAGAGACCUCAAAGUAGUGUGCUGUAAAAUAGGCAGAAGAGAUAAAUCAUAGGCCCCAUUCUGCAUUCAAGUAAAAUAUUCUGUCCUUGCCAGUUUGAACUAUAUAGAUAAGAAAAUCAAUACAAAAAAAAAUUUGCAUUCAAUAUUGUCACAGUUCUCUCUGAUAGAAAAACCAAAUACUUUAGAGAUUAUGAAUAGUCAUUAAAGUAUACUAAAGUAGAGAUUGACUUACUACCUACUACUGAGUGAAGUUUUUUUUUAAGUGAAGAAAAAAAGAGAGUGAAAUUUAUGACCUCUGGGUGUUAUUUGUUGUCGUGAUAUUCAGAACCCAUAUGAAUAUAUUCAGUAUCAUUUAAUAUCUGAAUAAUGUUCAGAAAAAAUCCAUUGGAAUAUUCGUUCAGAUGCUCAGUGUAUUUGUAAAUUUUACAUUCAUUACUUGUCUGCUCUAUUUAGAUUUGUUUUGAAAGUUUGUUUAGGUAAAUAUUUUUACAAAAACCACAGAACACUAUGUUACAAAGUAUUAUUUAUUGAAUGUAAUUCAUGAAAUAAUAUUUUUACUUCUCUUUGAGAAAUACUUGUUUUUGAUACAUCUCCAUUAAGUGCUUUGGACAUGAGAGAAUAUUUUGACGUUUUCACAGAACUGAUUGUUAAGGUAACAGGUAUAGUAAUUUAGGACACUUUACAGGUAGCUUUUGCUUUUUCAUUGAAAUGUAGACCUGGGAAAUUCCCUGGGAAGCAGAACAAGAACAAACUGUCCAUUUUACCUGUGACCUGUUUAGCUUAACAGUAAAGCCUCAGCUACUCAUUCUCACCAUCAGAUGCUAUUUUUCUAUAAACUGAAUUGUUAAUUUUGCCUCUUCUGCUGUCAUUCCUCCCCUCCAUCAAGCGCUGAUAUGACAAGCAACAGACUUGGGGGAGGUAGAGGACAAAGACAGGAUCCCAGGAGAUGGGGCAGACACAUGCUUGUUUAAAUAACUACAGUCCUUUAGAGGUGGAUUUUAAUGACAUGGGGGACAAAUGAAAUGAAAGCAAGGUAUUUUAGGGGCUCUCUAAUGGGCAGGUAGGAAGAAUGCAAAACUAUACACAGUAGGGACUGUAUGUGUGCUCUGUAAUAUUUUAAAAUAUACUUAUUUGUAUUCUUUUUGCAUUGAAAAAACAAAUUGUGUGUGAUAGUUUUGAAUGAAAAGUGGAAGUUCUACCUAGUUUUUGAGUGAGUUUUUUUAAAGAUCAUGAGAAUGUUACGGUGCUAAACUUGACAAAAAAGAAAAAGAGAACAUUGAAAUGCUGAUAAUUUUAGUAAUCUUUUUUAAAGCAUUGAGGGGGGCAAAGAUUACAAGUUAUGCCAUACAAAAAUAAACCUAUAAAUGUGUCGAGUUACCAAUUUGACUUUCAGUUGAUUCAGUUUGUAAUAACUAUUAAUGACCUCUGUUUACAAUAAAGAUUCUGUAAAAUUG